CUGCCAUGUGGUGAAUACAGCGCUCCUCUGUAAAUAUUUCAGACUAUGUUGAUGGAAAGGUCCAGUGAGGAUAUAACCAACCCUCUGCUCAUCUAGGAGAAGAUGUUCCUCUGGUCAUCAGUGUUCUCCGGGGAACCCCAGGUUCCUGGUCAGCGCUCGCCGGAGGAGCUGGUGAUUAACAUGCUGAUGCUGGAGCUGGGCUCUUUGCUGAAGCGCACGGAGCGCCUCCGUCAGGAGAGGACGAUGGAGAACCGCAGGCGCAGCUCCUCCGUGGAUUACAGCUGGCUGGCUGCACCUCCACAUAAAUCCCCCUAUGAGAUUCCAGCUGGGGAGAUCCUGGAACUUCAGGACCUGUGUGCCAAGGUCUCUCCCUCCCAAUGCGGCCCCCUCAUCCUCAGGCUGAGGAAAGUUGUGACAGAGGUAGAGCCAGAGGUGACUGAGGUGUCUCGCCUGUUUCGUUCCGUGCUGUGUAACUUCCUGGACGAGGUGGAGGAGGAGGAAGCCAGCGAGAGAGCACUGAAGACUCGGGCCAGCCGCAGUAAGAGCAUGUCUGUCAUCAACCCGCUGAGAAACAGAGUCACAGUCAGCCGUGAAGCUGAGGACCGAGCCGAGGACGACGAGGAUGAAGACAAUAUCCACACAAACAGGAGGAUCAGGAGCAUGCCUGAUAUCAGUGUAGCGGAAGAAAGAGCGCUGACCUGAACAAGCUAUGUUUGGAGUA